CUAACGUAUCAAGUAGCCCAGAGUUCUGGUAUCACAAGUGCUUGACGUGAAAUCUCGACCUGAAAGACUUCUAUAAAUGUCCACUCACAAGUCCACAGAAUCACAUCUCACAGAUACCCUCUCUCAGCAUGCAGUUCCUGGCUCUCUUUCUCCUUGUGGCCCCUGUGGCUUACACUGUGGCUGCCCCAGACCCCUCCACCAUCUGUCUGCCAGAAAAGAGUACCGCACGCGUCUUUGGCUUGAUCCAAAAAUUCCAAGCCAACGUGUCUAUUGACUUCUCCCAGAACAAAGUCGCUGCGGUCACUGAGCUGGGAACGAGAGUGUCAGAUCUCAACACCAACUACACCUACUUGAUCGACGCAACCGGUGCAUGCACCAGGGAGCCUCUGCCUAUCUUCGGAUACAUCACAAGGUGUCUUCCACCAAGCAGCGUGUUCCUUGGUGAGGUUUUCGAGGGUUUCGUCAACAAAGUCACCUUGAACGGUUGGCUGAUCCCUGUGAACAAGGACUUCAAUGUGACUCUGUUGACGUACACAGAGCCUGGACAAACUGACUCUUACUUCGUGCUCAGGAGAGAUGACACUCCACAAGGACAGCGAAUUGGCUUUGUCAGCAACCCUGUCGCUUCCAUCGCUGACACAACCGUGUUCAACGUUCCCGCCGUCUGCCCAGACAAACCCGCUGUUUAAGAAGGAAUAAUUGAGAGCACGACUUUAAAGGAUGAUUCAGAAUGUUAGGUUUAGUUUGUUUAAACUUUAAUAAAAUAUUUCGAUGCGCUUAGCGUAAUAACAAGA